GCACUUCCCAGAGCUGUUACUCCAGUCCGGGAUGUGAGUCCUGAUGCUGGAGGCUCCAGAGUGAAGACUGGAGUCUCUAAAGGGUUAACAGGAGGAGGCGCAGCAGCGGUCAGCUCGUCUGGGUGGAGUGAAGUUUAGACAUGUACUAUAACAAAUUAGCCAAGAGGAGAGCUCCAUGGCAGAGUGGAAAACACUCAAAGAAUUAAAAAACACAAACAUCCGAAGAAGACAAAGACGAACCAACGGCGGCCGGUAAAGACGCUCCAAACACCGCGCGGAGAGAUGAGUGAUGUGACUGAAGAGUCGCUGCUGGAUUAUUUCUACUCGGCCGGAGGCAAUUCAGGCAGAGUGAGAAACGCAGACAUACUGAGGACAUUUAAGCCUUUUAUUGGCCACAGUGACCUGCAGCUACGCGCUAAAUACAGAGAGGAAUUCAAGCUCAUCAUUGACCGGAUCGCUGUGGUUAAGUCGGAGAACGGUGAGAAGUAUCUUAUCCUAAAGAAGAAAUACCGGCACUUGUUGCAUGAGCGAGACACCAAACAAUGUGGGACAGACGGAGACCGACAGAGACAUCCGAGCCCGGCCAGACCGCCAGCCUCCGUACCGUGGGACGCCUCAACGUCUUCUCCUCACCAGAAGGAACAGCAAGAUGAGCCGAUGUCAUGUGGAGAGUCUGACGGCGCUGCAGAGGACCAGCAGACUCCACAGCUGCUUCCUGUCGUCCAAACCCAGGAUUCCUCAGCACACAGCAACGUGGAAGAUGAGCUGGACAGAGACUCGGGCUCAAAGUCUGAGUCGGAGCAGGACGAGGAGAGUACAGGCAGCAUGGGCUCCGCUGCAGUUGCUCUGGAUCCUAUAGAAAAAGAGUGGAUCUACUCUGCUGCCGGCGCUCGAGUCCCUGACCUCUCUCAGCUGCUCAGACAGGACCCCUCGCUGGCAAACAAGAAGGACUUCACCUCAUUUACAGCUCUGCACUGGGCGGCCAAACACGGCAACGAGGACAUGGCCACUCUGGUGGUGAAGGCCGGAGCUGAUGUCAACACUAAAUCACACGGGGGAUACACACCUUUGCACAUUGCAGCGUUACACGGUCAUCGGCAUAUCCACGACCUGCUCACAGGGACAUACGGAGCUAAAGAAAACUUGCGGGACUACAGUGGCCAUCUUGCCUGCCAUUAUCUGAACAUCAAAGAACCAGAAGGUCCAGAGGAAGACUGCGAGCUGCCGUUUCAAGUCACUCAGGCCAGAGAGCGCAACAAGAACCGGAAGCUGGUGUCGCUGUUCCACUCCAAGAAGAAGUGGGGUUCAGCAGAGGAGCUGGCUCCCAUAGAGGAGGAGAGGACGGCAUCGCAUCAGCUCGUCCUUCCUCCAUUCAGACCCAGAAAAUUCUCCCGCUGAGGAAAAACAGACUCCAGGGAUGAUUUUUGACUCACGCACUCGCACAGUUUGUCCUCGUGUACAUACAUAUUUACACACAUGUAUGCAUCAGGUAAUAAUCUGUGUAUAUUUAUUAUGUGCACACACACACACAUUGAACACUCACAUCAUUCAUACUUACAAACGAUGUUGAUAUUUAUCCUCACCAUGGAAGUAUUUUUGAAGCCUUUAAAUUUGAAUGAAUCUUGCUAAAUGUUACUAUUGGAGCCUUAGAACUGUACAUGAGCUCAGGUCAAGUGAUCCUUUAUGCUUGGUUUUGUCCUUUGCACGAGUGAAAGUGAGUAAAUCUGACAAGGAGACAACUGAACUGGAAAGUGUCUGCCACGGGUCAGGAAUACACAGUGAUGGCUUUAAAAACAUUAAAUCAUUUUCUAAAACGGUG